AUGCCCUAUGAUUCCCUAACAAACACACUUCCCGGUUCACCUCCAAAAAGUAGCUGUAUCAUCAUAAGGCUAUUAGCAUUCAUAAAUUUGGUAAAGGACAGGGCUACCUCCAGAAGAGCUGAAGAAAGCCUGUCCGUGGCUUCUAAGGAUUCCCCAGAAAUGGCAACCUCACAGCCACAAACUCAGCCUAAUGAUGUGAUGGAAAGUCUGGAGCGAGAGAAGAAGAAUGCCAUGUCCAGAGAAAAGAGGGCAAAGACCACAGUGAAGGGUCUUUUGGGGGAUUUGAGGGAAAAGAACCUCAUUAAUGAAGAGCUCAGUGAGAAGCUUGCAUUCUACUCAGAUCUCAAGAUGGACUUCACGGCAAAGCAGGGCCAUGAGUACACACAGGACUGCAGAGAGUUUGCACUCACGCUCCAUCUACAUGGUCCAAAGGCAUACAAAUACCUCAGAGAGACUCAACAUUUUCCCCUCCCACAUCCACAAACAUUACAAAGGUGGCUGCGUUCAGUGGAUGCCAAGCCUGGCCUGAAUAAGAUGAUGCUGGAUAUGCUGGAGAGAAGAUGCCAGGGUGACCCGGCUAAAUAUGGAUGUGUUUCACUCAUGUUGGACGCCGUGUCCGUCAAAAAACAUGCGGGCAUGGAAAGCAGCCACAACACACAUUGUUGCUCCGUCACCCCUCGCUCUCGUGUGAGCCCACCACUGGUUUUUAAACUCCUCAUGAGAACCGUCUCAAUGAUCAGGUCAGCACCUGCUGGUGAAAUGUACACAACAGAUGAGUUUGAAAAGUACUGCAGUGACGUGGAGCACACAGCAGCUUGGGGUGGACACCUGGAAUUGCGAGCUUUGACCCAAGUUCUUCACUUGCCAAUGGAAGUGAUCCAGGCUGACUCCCCACCUAUAAAAAUUGGGGAGGAAUUUGAUAGUGAACCCAUCACCCUAAUCUAUAUGCAUCACGCCUAUGGACUAGGAGAGCACUACAACUCUGUGGAGCAGCUAAAAGAUCCCGCUAACGCAGAAGACAGCUGA